AUAAUUUGGAGUGUUUUGAAUACGUGGCUCCUGUCCUUGACCUAUUUACAAGUGAAGGAGACUCUGGUAACAGUUCCAUGGACAUCAUAUGUACUAUGUGGAUAUCUGUGGACAUCAAAAAAUACACUCCAUCCCAGAACACUAUAAACUGAUACAGUAAUACAAGUAGUGUGUUACAUUUUCUUAGGAUUUACUUCUGACUUUCACAAAAUUAGAAAUAUUUUUAUUUUUUCAAUGCUACUUCUGUAAAAAAAAGUGCUUUGAUUCAAUAAUGGCAAAACUAUUGAAAGCAAUUAAAAGAGCUGGAGAGCAGUUCCCAGUUUUGCGAGGGAUGGUAACAUACUCUGUGUUGUGGCCCACGUCUAACUUGGUACAACAGUCCCUUGACAAAACCCGUGAUAAGUACGAUCCAGUAGAGUCUCUGCGUUACCUCGUUCUGGGGACGUUUGUCACAGCUCCAACAGUGUACGUCUGGGUGAGGCUAGCGAGUAAAAUCGUCAGAGGGAACACUGUUAAACAUGCAGUCGUCAAGGCUGGCUUGGAGCAAAUUCUGUUUGCACCAGUGGGUAUUUCGCAGUUCUUCCUGGGCAUCACCAUACUGGAGGGCCAGCCAUGGGCUAAGUGUGUGCAGGAGUGGAGGGAGAAACUCAUACCUACUUGGAAGACUGGUGUCUGCAUCUGGCCAGUGUUACAAACUGUCAACUUUGCAUAUGUUGCGGAGAAGAAUCGUGUAGUUGUUGUCUCCAUAGCAUCAUUUAUGUGGACCAUCUUCCUCUCGUACAUGCACCGUCUGGACCAGAAUUCUCUUCCACAGUUCUUGCAGAGGAAAUCCAAAGUCAAUAAUGCACAAAGUAAGGCUCCCUGCGAUGCUGUAUCUGACAUCUCUCCUCAUAAGUAUUGGAAUGGUAACACCAAUGAGGUUUUAUGACAGUGGAAGUAAGUCCACAGUCAUGAAGAUAUGCCAGCAUAAGAUGAUAUUCACACUGCGAUGUAAGUCCUCGGUAUGGCCAGUGUCACACUCAGUCUCUUAUUAUUUCACUGUGUUAUUAUCAUUAUUAUUACAGUAGUACCUGUAUUAGAAGCAGCAGCAGUUACAGCAAAAGUAAUUGUAUGAGUGGUACUGCAGCACAGUAGAUCAUUGAUUAUCUGCAAAUGAUUUUUCGGCAUUUAAUGUUAUCCGGUGGUCUUGUUUGCUCUGGCACCUACACGGAUAAUGGUAAAAAGGAAUGUGUAACAAAAAGGAUUAUUAAACAAAAAGUGAUCAUCUGAUAAAUGUAGUCGAAAAUCCUUUGUUCCUUCAUCCCCGAGAAUGCUGGAUAAUCGGUGAUCUUUUGUCCUAGCAGUAGUACUGUAGUAGUAGUAUUUACUAUAAUAAUAGUACUGGGGUAAUAGUAGUAGUAGUAUGAUAGUACUGUACUGGUACAGUAUUAUAGUUAUGUUAGCCAUUUUUAAUACAAUUUUAUUGAACUGUAUGUUAUAAUUAUUUUAUUAUUAUUAUUAUUAUUAUUAUUGUUGUUUUUAUUUAUUAUUACUAUCAUCAGUAAUAAUAAUAAUAAUAACAGCAGUAAAAAUAUAGUAUACAGUGUAAUUGUUGUUUGCCAAACUACAAAUAAAAGUCAAACUGGAGACCAUUUUCUGUGCAAUAUUUCUGGUAAAGUUUCAACUACAUUUAAUUACAGUAAUAGAAUUAGUUGUAAAGUUUUAUGGGUAAUAAGUGUUUGAUAUUUACAACACUAUACAGAAAACAAAACCAGAGCACUAUAGCAAAGAAUGCAUUAGGGAAAUAUAAAUCAAAUCCCUUUAACCUGUAAGUUAAGAAGACAAAACCUAUGUUGGUGGACAAGCUUUUGUUGUGACAGUGUUCUGCUCUAUGUAAAGCUUUGUCAAGUCAUGAUUUGAUAACAUUUGCUGUGUCUUUCUACUAUGCUUGUUGCCAGUACCUGUCACACGACAACUUAUAAGAGGUCCAGUUAUACACAACAAAGAAUUAUAAAUAAUAAUAGCAAUACUGGGUAGUUUUAGUUACAUUUUGAGUUUAGUUAUAAUAUAGUAGCAAAGUAACCUAAAUUUAAAAUCAUUAUUUAGUGAAAGGAUUUUAAUUUUGAUGGAUGAAUACUUUAACUAAUUAACCUUGUAAAAAUAAAUCCACAGAUUUAUUGUGUGUUAGGUAAAUACACUAGAGUACAUGGGGUACUAUGUAUGUGGAUUAUAGUACAGGUAAAUACACUAGAGUACAUGGGGUACUAUGUAUGUGGAUUAUAGUACAGGUAAAUACACUAGAGUACAUGGGGUACUAUGUAUGUGGAUUAUAGUACAGGAAGAGAAGAGUCAUGUUAAGGGUAGUCCUUGACUUAUGAUGGGGUUACAUUCAAAUAAACCCAUUGUAAGUUGAAAAUGAUAUGCUAAAUAAAUAAGUAAAUAAAUAACUAGUCAUUGAAUAAGUAAAUAAACAAAUAAUUACUCUAAUUAACUAAAUACCAAUAUUGAAAAGUAAAACAUUGUAUGCUAGUUAGGAACUUGCCACCUUCAUGCUGGGUAAUUAUCUUAAGUUUCAUCUCCAAAGUAAUUACUUUUGCACCAGAAGUCAAAAUAUUGUAAAUCAAGGAGCACCUGUAGUUGCACCUGUGUCUACUUGCCUAAGAGGAAGAGAAGAGUCACUGGAGAAAGUGGUUUGAAUAAUUCUUGUAAUUUUGAGCUGUGUGCAUGAAGCAUAAUUGAAGGAGCAUGUGAUGUGACUUUUUUUUUUUUUUUAUUAAAAUUUCUUACAGAAGUCAUUACAGUCACAGAGAUGCUUUGCUGGGGUCAUGCGCUAAUGCCUGCAUAGUGCAUGGCAGGCCAUUAUUUGAAGUUAAUGUAAUACAGGCAUGCCUCACUUAUACAGCAGAUUAGGUUCUAGGCUGCUGCUGUAAAGUGAAUAUCACCUUAAAGUGAAUCACAGUCUUUUUCACUUGCCCGUACAUAUAAAAGCCUAAAAACAUGUUUACACUAUCACUUGUUAAGAGCAUAAUACCACUAGGCCUAAAAUAACGAUGCAAAAGUAAAAUUAAUAUAUAUUUUUUAAAUUUGCUGAAAACCAUCUUAAGAGCAAGACAAGUGCUGAAAAUAACGAACAUAAGUAUAAUUGAAAAGCGCCAUAUAAGCGAAGUGCUGCAAAGUGAGUGUUGUAUUAACAAGGUAGAUGUACCUGUAUAUAAAAGCAUAACUGAAAGUACAUUAGAAUAAAAGUGAUAAUGGCCAGAGAAUUCCUUUUUAUUAGGUAUAUGUACUUGUAUUGAAAAUUUCUGGCAUCUUUUUCUCUUGUAGUCUUAAUUGAGCACAUUCAUCAUUGUUCCUUGAUAACUCUGUGUAAAGUUGAAGAAAAUAUAGUCUCCCCCUCUAUAGUUUAAGUUUUGUUACUGGUUAUAAAGAAAGUACCAAAUUUUCAUACAAUGAGAACUUGAUAUGUUAGCUUGUCUCCUGAAGAAUUUCAUCUUUAAGAAUUUCAAAUAAUUUUAUUUUCAUUAAAGUAGUAUGACACCAAGUUUUUUGUUUUUGUUUCAGUUUCUCAUUAAGUUGCCCAGGCCUUGUUUUUACAUUUAAUUAUCUUGGCCUUGCCUGUACUGUAUGUUAAGUUGCCCUGGCCUGUCUGUAUUCUCAUCCUCGCCCCUUCAUGAGAUGGUACGAGUCAGGGCUGAGGAUGGAUCUGCCGGUAUCAUGUAAGUAAUACUCAUGCUGUGUAGACUGAGAAAUUUACUCAGGGUUGACAAUUUUAUGUAUUUUUCAAGAACUUGACCGCUGUUUAAUGGUUUACAUAUUAUAAAACUUGAAAUUUAAGGCAUUGAAGAAGACAGUAAACUGUACACUAGAAACUAUCAAACAUUUCCUAGAAAAGUGUCCUCAGCACACAAAUUCAGAGUCAUUGCAUGCAAGAGUUGAAUAUAAAAGUUUAUAGUCUGUACAAAACAUGUACCCCUGAGAAAGAGCAAAAAAAAAAUUAACUGAAAGGCAAUACAUACAGACAUUAUAGAAGAAAUGGUUACAGACAUUACUAAUGCUUUAAUGGGGCAUUUAAUUAAUGCAGAUUAUUUUAACCAGGUAUGAUAGUAUUUAUGUGUGUUGAGUGUUUGUUUAUUGAUUUUACUGUUAUAUUCUUUGUUUUUAUUAUGUGUGUGUGUUGCAUAUAUUUUUUAUGGCUCUGACUGCUGAGUAACCUUCUACCACAGUAGUACUUCCUUUAGUAUAGGCACACCCUGUCAGAGGCGGACUGGCCAUACGGGCAUUUGGGCAAUGCUCAGUGGGCUGCUGGGCUGGGUGAAAAAAAAAAUGAAAAAGAUGUCACAAAAAACUGAAGUCAUAGUUGCUGCACAAAGAUUGAAACAAAAAUGGAACACGCCUUAGCUGAGUCGUGAAAACAUGCCUCUGGCCCUCAGCAGUUAAUGAGCCAACCUGAUAGGUGAUGGAUGCCUGCGCUGGUUUUAUGACCAAGUCCGCUUCUGCUCCCUGUACUCUGUGUCAUGGAGAGAGCCAAGUCAGUUUAGAUGCUAAAGAUCCUAGAAACUACAGCCACAGCAUUAGAUUAAUUCUAUGGAAAACUAUAAGCCUUAUGCAUUAGCAUCACUCACAUGAAAGCCAUUAAAAAUCAUUCGAAGUGAAUUUACCAGUUUUAUGAGGACAUAUACAGUAAGCCUUAUACCCCAAGCCAUCAUUGGGUUAAACUAGGAAAAUUAUUAUAUAUCUCCCAGUUACUUAACACUAUGAUAAAAUCACCAAGGAGCCAGAGAACAAAAAUACAGUUGUGUAAUAUUCAUGGAUUUUACAAAAUCAUAUAACAGAUAUGACCAUGGAGUGAUGGUUUAUAAAGUGAGAUCAAAAGGAAUAACAGCUAUAAGGUAGGAAGUGAAUUUACAGAUUUCUAACAGAUCAAAUUUCUAAUAGAUUUCAGUUCUGCCAGGUACUAUCUCUAUCUUUACUAGGUAGAAUACCCUGAGAAAUUAUAAUCAGAUGUUAAAAAACAAACAAAAUGUAGUUCAUAUGUAAUAAAAUAUUUUUUUUAUUUUUUUUUUAUUAGCACACUGGCCGAUUUCCACCAAGGCAGGGUGGCCCGAAAAAGAUAAACUUUCACCAUCAUUCACUCCAUCACUGUCUCACAUCAUCUCCACGUUUCAGUCUUUCAUUAUGUCAUAGAAAAACAUUAUGUUCAACAUUUAGAAAUUCCAGUGAAGGUACCUUAUCAGCCAGGUUGUAAUGGCAGCAAGAGCUGGGCUAAUCAGUUAAGCUUGGUCUCAGGUUAAGCUGCAAGAGUAGAAAAACUCUUGAAACAGGUCACAUUUUUGAUCUUGCUUGUGCACUGUGUGCUCUGUUCUUGUAUAGUAUUUCAGAUUUCUAGAUGUAUUGAGGAGAAACCACAUAAUCAGUCACAUCUUGGUAUUUUUCAGUGUAAAGUCACAAGUGUAUGUCAACUAAUAGUGAGAUAGCAGUUUCACAUUAUCUGAAAAAUAGAUAAUCUCUAUAUAAUCUUGAUAUUAAGUAUUUCUCAGUGUGUACCUGUAAAGCUUAAUUACAGUAUUUCUUGUAUACCUGUAUAAGGUUUAAAUAUAUCUGUGUAAACUUGCAAGGUUCGCUACAAUUGGUCUUGUACCAUUUAUAACAAACACACUUGUACUUGUGGGAAGCUGGAGAAUCAUGCUUGUAUCUCAUGCAAUGUUAAUGCACGGUUGGAAAUGUAUUUUGAUGACUGUACAUUUAAAAAAAUGAUUUAAGAGUUGAACAUAAUAUUUUAAAAAUAAAGGAUGCAA